AUGCCUAGAGGUAUAGAAACUUUAACUUGCCUUGAAGUGUUAGACUCCUAUUUGGUGAAGAACCGUAGAGAAACCAUCUCCUGUAGUAGUGGUGCUGAUAGUGACGGGAUGAUAGAAUUAGCCAAUCUAAAUUCUCUACGAGAGUUAUGGAUUUUCAAUCUGGAGUUUGUUAGAGGUCGUAUUGAUGCAGAAAGAGGAAAGUUAAAAGAUAAGAUAAACCUUCGUUAUCUGUGUCUAAGAUGGGGUUCCAUUUUUGAUAAUGACGACGAUGUUCAGAUGGUCUUGGAAGUUCUCGAGCCUAACGUUAAUUUGACAAAGUUGGAAGUACAAUAUUUUCCGGGUCUGAAGUUUCCGAAAUGGAUGGGUUCAUCCACCUGCCUUCCGAAUCUGGUCGAAAUAAUUCUUUGCGGUUGCAUUGGAUGUGAGAAAUUACCGGCGCUUGGUUUGCUUCCAUGUCUUAGGGUUCUUGAGACUUGGAAAAUGAGGUCAGUGAAGUGUUUGGGUGACGAGUUUUAUUACCAGCAAGAAGAAGAAGAAGAAAGAAUCAGGAGCUACAACAAUCCUGAAAAUGCUACUACUACAAUAUCAUUGUUUCCUUCAUUAAUUCGUUUGAAGCUUUUAAUGGAAAAUUUAGAAGAAUGGGUUGCUCCUCAGCUUCCAAUUUAUAGUUCAUUUCCUUCCCUUGAGAAGCUAGAAAUCAGUUGCUUCCGAAAACUGAGAAGCACACCAAACUUAUUUCAUUGUCUCAAGGAAUUGCAAUUAUGCGACACCAACAGCAAGGCCGUAACCUCAUUCUUUGCUACUGGUGGACGACUUACCUCUCUCAUUUCCGUUGAUAUAUCACAUUCUCCAGAGCUAAUAUAUAUUCCAGUGGGUGUACUGCUCCAAAGUGUUACUCCGAAUCUUCAACAACUAUCCAUCAAAUAUUGCUCUAGUUUUCAAGGUUUUCUUGAAGAAGAUGAUCUUAAAAACUACUACGAUAACAAGGAUGGUGAUCACGAAGAUGAUUUUGAAUCAACACAAUCUUUUUCAUGUCCUAAAAUCAACUCCAAGUUCAACAAUAUCAGCAAUUCUCUCCUGUCAUUAAAUUUGCGAAAAUGCUAUAUGACGAGCUAA